ACGGGUGCUGCUCGCCGGGGUCGGCUCCGAGCAGGAGGCUGCGCUGGCACCGCUGGGCUUUACCUCGAGUUCCUUUCCCUGCUUGCUGGGCAAGGUGUGGCCCUCCCUCCCCAUCACAGCAGCAAGCAGGGCGUGCUGCAGGAGCCUCUGGUGCAAAUCCAGCCCAGUUUGGGGCAGUUUGUGUUCUCCGGCAGAGCAGGUCUCCAGAGGAAGGACCCAAAGCUUCACCCGGGCUCGUGUCUCUGCUGCUGUCUCUCCUCCCUGGUGUAGCCAUGCAGACCCCGGCACCCUCCUGCACCCCAACCUCCCGCUGCUCCCCCGGGGCCGGCAGCACCGUGGGGAGCCGCUGACGGUGCCGGAUCCCUCCGGAGCCAUGCUGCCCGCCCGGCCCGGCCCGGCCCCCUGAGCGCCGCGUUCCCGGCCCGAGCUCUGCCCCAGCACGGCGUUGGCGAUGAGCGGGGGUCGCUUUUGCAUGGAGCGUUUGUCCUUCUGCCUCCUCCUGAGUGCCUGGAGCUGGGGGUGGGCGCCCGGGGGUGCUGCCAAGCCCAAAGGCCAGGGCUACCCGCACAUGAACUCCAUCCGCAUCGACGGGGACAUCACGCUCGGGGGGCUCUUCCCCGUGCACGGCCGGGGCGCCGAGGGCAAAGCCUGCGGGGAGCUGAAGAAGGAGAAGGGCAUCCACCGCCUGGAGGCCAUGCUCUUCGCCCUGGACCGCAUCAACAACGACCCCGACCUGCUGCCCAACAUCACGCUGGGCGCCCGCAUCCUGGACACGUGCUCGCGGGACACGCACGCCCUGGAGCAGUCGCUGACCUUCGUGCAGGCCCUCAUCGAGAAGGACAGCACCGAGGUGCGCUGCGUCAGCGGGGGGCCCCCCAUCAUCACCAAGCCCGAGCGGGUGGUCGGCGUCAUCGGCGCCUCGGGCAGCUCCGUGUCCAUCAUGGUGGCCAACAUCCUGCGCCUCUUCAAGAUCCCCCAGAUCAGCUACGCCUCCACGGCUCCGGACCUGAGCGACAACAGCCGCUACGACUUCUUCUCCCGCGUGGUCCCCUCGGACACGUACCAGGCCCAGGCCAUGGUGGACAUUGUCAAAGCCCUCAAGUGGAAUUACGUCUCCACCUUGGCCUCCGAGGGCAGCUACGGUGAAAGCGGGGUGGAGGCCUUCAUCCAGAAGUCCAGGGAGGAUGGCGGGGUCUGCGUGGCCCAGUCCGUGAAGAUCCCGAGGGAGCCCAAGCCCGGGGAGUUUGACAAGAUCAUCCGCCGGCUCCUGGAGACCUCCCACGCCCGCGCUGUCAUCAUCUUUGCCAACGAGGACGACAUCAGAAGGGUGCUGGAGGCGGCCAAGAGGGCGAACCAGACGGGGCACUUCAUCUGGAUGGGCUCGGACAGCUGGGGCUCCAAAAUUGCCCCGGUGCUGCACCUGGAGGAGGUGGCCGAGGGCUCUGUCACCAUCCUGCCCAAGCGGGUCUCAGUCAGAGGUUUCGACCGCUACUUCUCCAGCAGGACCCUGGACAACAACCGCAGGAACAUCUGGUUUGCCGAGUUCUGGGAGGAGAAUUUCCACUGCAAGCUGAGCCGGCACGCGCUGAGGAAGGGCAGCAGCAUCAAGAAAUGCACCAACCGGGAGAGGAUCGGCCAGGACUCCUCGUACGAGCAGGAGGGGAAGGUGCAGUUCGUCAUCGACGCCGUCUACGCCAUGGGGCACGCCCUGCACAACAUGCACAAGAACCUGUGCCCCGGCAAGGUGGGGCUGUGCCCCCGCAUGGACCCGGUGGACGGCGUGGAGCUGCUCAAGUACAUCCGCAGCGUCAACUUCUCAGGCAUUGCUGGGACUCCUGUGACAUUCAAUGAGAACGGAGAUGCUCCAGGGCGUUACGACAUCUACCAGUACCAGAUCAGGAACUCCACCCCUGAGUACAAAGUCAUCGGGCAGUGGACAGACCACCUGCACCUCAAGGUGGAGAACAUGCUGUGGCCGGGGGGUGGGAGCCAGCAGCCCAGCUCCAUCUGCAGCCUGCCCUGCAAGCCGGGCGAGAGGAAGAAGCUGGUGAAGGGCAUCCCGUGCUGCUGGCACUGCGAGCGCUGCGACGGCUACCAGUACCAGCUGGACGAGUUCCACUGCAAGCGCUGCCACUUCAACGAGCGGCCCAACGAGAACCACACCAGCUGCACGCCCAUCCCCAUCAUCAAGCUGGAGUGGAGCUCGCCCUGGGCCGUGGUGCCCGUGUUCAUCGCCAUCGUGGGCAUCAUCGCCACCCUGUUCGUGGUGAUCACCUUCGUGCGCUACAACGACACGCCCAUCGUCAAGGCGUCGGGGCGGGAGCUCAGCUACGUCCUGCUCACGGGCAUCUUCCUCUGCUACGCCACCACCUUCCUGAUGAUCGCCGAGCCCGACCUGAGCACCUGCUCCCUGCGCCGCAUCUUCCUGGGGCUGGGCAUGAGCAUCAGCUACGCCGCGCUGCUCACCAAGACCAACCGCAUCUACCGCAUCUUCGAGCAGGGCAAGAAGUCGGUGAGCGCCCCGCGCUUCAUCAGCCCCGCCUCGCAGCUGGUCAUCACCUUCAGCCUCAUCUCCCUGCAGCUCGUCGGCGUCUGCAUCUGGUUCAUCGUGGACCCGUCCCACUCCGUCAUCGACUACGAGGACCAGCGGACUACAAACCCCCACUUUGCCCGGGGCAUCCUCAAGUGUGACAUUUCGGACCUGUCCCUCAUCUGUUUGCUCGGGUACAGCAUGCUCCUCAUGGUCACCUGCACUGUGUACGCCAUUAAGACCCGCGGGGUCCCGGAGACCUUUAACGAAGCCAAACCCAUUGGGUUCACCAUGUACACGACUUGCAUUGUGUGGUUAGCCUUCAUCCCGAUAUUUUUUGGGACGUCGCAGUCGGCGGAAAAGAUGUACAUCCAGACCACGACGCUCACCAUCUCGGUGAGUCUGAGUGCCUCGGUGUCCCUGGGCAUGCUCUACAUGCCCAAGGUGUACAUCAUCCUCUUCCACCCGGAGCAGAACGUCCCCAAGCGCAAGCGGAGCCUCAAGGCCGUGGUGACAGCGGCCACCAUGUCCAACAAGUUCUCUCAGAAGGGAGGGUUCCGCCCCAACGGAGAGGCCAAGUCGGAGCUCUGCGAAAACCUGGAAACGCAAGCACUGGCCACCAAGCAGACCUACGUCAGCUACAGCAACCACGCCAUUUAGCUCCAGGAGGGGACAGGAGGGAGCCGAGCUCCUGCCACAGGACAGGGAGGUGGCAGCCGGGAGGACACGCCCCAGGGCAAAGCUCCUGGGGGAAAAAUGCCAUCAACAGCAGCAAAAAAAUCCAUCAAGAGACACUAAAACUCUUCCAGCGCCCACGGCGGCGAUGCAUGGCUCCCACGGAGGGAUGGUGGAGAGCGGGGAUGGAGCACGGGCAAGAGGGGACGGACUCCAGCAAGUCUUUGGGUUCUUUUUCUUUUUCCUGUAUUUUGGCAAAAAAAAAAAAAAAGAGAAAAAAAAUUAAGAGCCCCAACGUUUUCCCCUUUUCUGGAAUUUGUGAGAUUGUUUGUGGUUGUGCAGAGCCUUCUGUUUUCUCUUAUUAGGUUUUUUUUUAAGCCUCCAUUUUCUUUCGUUCCUGUCUUCCUCCGUCCCUCUUCACUCUCUACCCCAUAUCCUACCAAAUUCUAUAUGUUGCAAAAAGGAAAAAAUAAAUAAAAAUACUUAAAAUUUACAUUUAAAAAAAUAACAGACAGCAAAAUAAAAUAAAAUAAAAUCUAGACUGUGUUCAAAGUGCUGAUUUCUAUAGGUGGUUCCUUAAUGUAUGUGAUGACCAUAUGGAUUGAAAUAUGUCUGCUUUAUGUACUGACCAGUCAAAAAACAAAAACACAAAAAAACAAAGUUCAGUGCCUGGAUGUUUAUGAAUUAUUCGAUGACUGUGUAGAGCAUGAUCAUUUUUAUACGAGGAGAUUUCUAAUAAAAGACCCUGGUUUUGCACUCGGCGUUUGCUGUCUCUUGGUGGUCUCAUCUUGUCUCAUCUCCUGCUCACAUCUUCCUUGGUUUCAGGAGGUGCCAGGGAAGGUUUUGGGUGGCCAAAGCCUCUGGGAGAGCUCAGGGCUCGGUGUCCUUCCUCUCCAGACAUUCCUGGAGAUCCCAGGCGUGUGCAAACCCUGUGAGAGGGGAUGGGACAGGAGAGGGGAGCUCGGCGUGUCCCUGGCUCGGGGCACUGGGGUGGGUUUGGGUGGAAAGGGCUGAUUCCUCCUCAUUUCCCUUCCCUGAGCUGGGGGUGGAUGGAGCAGAGGGGAGGAGAUUUCCCAGGGUGUCCCCACAGCUUCAGUCCCCAUGCCUGGAGGGAUUUGUUUAAAAAGGGUGCAGAUGUGGCACUUGGGGACACGGUGGCCUUGGCAUUGUUGGGUUAAGGGCUGGGCUGGAGGAUCUCAGAGGGCUUUUCCAACCUGAAGAAUCCUGGGCUAACAAGGAUAACCCAAGCAGCUCUGCCUGGUGGGAAGGUUCCUCUCCCUGCCUGCAGCCUUUCCUUGGGCUGGCACAUGUGGGAGGGAUGUGGCUGUCCCCAGAGCCUGGGCUGUGCCUUUUGGGGACACUUUGGGGCAUUGCCUGCUGCUCUUUCUGUCUCUGGCCUGGGCAUUCCAAGUGUUCCCCUCUUGGAUUGGGGCUGGCUGUGCUUGUUGGCUGCUGGAUCAGGAGAGCAGGGUCCAAACCUGUCUCUCUUUUGGGAGAUGGAAAAGGAUGCAGAGAGGUGCUGGGUGCCUCCAGCUUCUGGACAAGCUUUGUUUCAUCUGCCCCAUAAAAUGCUGGAGCUGGUGGUGACCUGGCCCAGGAGGGGGUGCUGGGGUGGCUCCCUGUCCCUUUGUGCCUGUUCCCCCAACCCCAAAGUGCUGCUGUUUCCCCUCUCUGACCCUGUGUGAUGUCACCCCUGUAUUUUGCACAUUUCUGGAGCUGUUUGUGUGUUAAUCACAGCUCUGCCCUCAGCCUGGGGGGCUUGGGGGGCACCUGGGAGCCCCACGGGAGCUUCAGCCAGGAAUUGAUGCCAGAGAGAAACGCAGCCUCUCCCUGCCUGUGCACAGAGGACAGAGCCUGGCUGGAAGGCAGGAGUUAAAAAAGGGAAAAAAAAAAAAAAAGCAGUGUAAUGAAAAGCUCGAAACUUUGAUAAGAUCAUACUUGUCAAAAGAGCUUCUCAGGAGAAAAAGCUGCUCAGUCCCCGGCGCAUCCAUCACUGUCGGCUCGGAUGUGAGACACUGCCUGGUUCAGAGGGCUCUGAGAAAACCCCAGCUGAUGUCUCUGGUGCUGCUUCUGCUCUCAUGGUGUCACAAGCAGCUUCCACCCUGAAUUCUGCCUGAUAACGACUGGAAAGGCUGGCUCUGACUGAAUUCCAGCCUCCAGCUGCCUCCCCUCACUGUGCCUGUCAGGGGUGUCCUAACCCCUCCAGAGAAGCCCCGUU